AUCUGCAAUGGGUUCACAAUUCGUCGUUCUUGUGUUAUUUGUUUAAAAAAUCCUAAAACGUUUGUCAAUUUUAGUUGAAAAAGUGAACCUUUUGGUCAAAUAUGGAAAUAUUGGCCAGUGUGAAGUCUUUACUGCUUGCUGUGGCACAAUAUAGGAGUUGUAGAUCAGAGAGCACGCUUUCACAACUUCUAAGACAUAUUGAGGUUUUGCUUGCAAGUUUGAAAACGAAUGAAGUUGAUCAAAUUUUCAACUCUUAUAACACAUUGGGUGCGGAGUGUCUGUCGUCCAUAGUCGAGCUGUUAUCCGCAAACGACAACGAUUCACAUCUGGUUAACAAGAUAUUUCAACUGUUUAACUUAAUAGCCAAUGUACCACUUUCAUGCAAUUACUUAUACAGCACAUUUAAUCUGACUGCAGCUUUAUCUGCUUACAUUGUUAAGCAUGCAGAGUCUUCCGCAGAUUCACAUAACAUUCUACAGUGCUUAAGGUUACUUGAAAGAACAACUUACGGAAAUUGUGUUCCAUCUUCAACUGCUCAUCUUGAAAAACUUCUCUCUUUUCUCCUGCAACAAAUAGACAACUUGACAGGCGAAUAUGCCAGUGUUUGUCUUGGAGUAUUAAGUAACUUAGUAGCAAAAAAUGUUACUCUGCAAGCCCAAGUUAAAGGAAUGAUGGGCACACAUCGUAUACGAACACUUAUGAAGUAUUUGCGUCAAGAUUCAAUAAUUAACAAAGUCAGUGUUCUAUCCAUUGUGACUUGUGUCUGCUGGGAGGAUGACCUUGCGAAAAAGCUGUACUCCAUUAAAAACGUUCCCCAAACACUGAUGUUGCUUUUCUCUCGCUUACCCAACUCAGAUGAUCUUCUUACACAACACAGAGCAGCUGACUUAUGUGUUGAACUGCUUAAACAUGAGGAAAUGGUUCAACCCUUUACAAUAUAUGAAAGCGAACAGAAUUGUGCGGCUCGUCUUCUACUUUCAUCAGUAAACUCCCCUCCCCAAAUGGCAGCCAAGAUUUUGGAAGUUCUUCUGUCAUUCUGUCAAAUCAGGGGUGUUCGUCACUUUAUGCAUGAACGAAUCGUCAAGUGCAAUGAACCGUGGAAAGCCCUGCUCAGUCAUGCUUCAGCGCACGUGUCGAGAGCCAAUCACAAGGCUUCGUUACUCGCUCUUGACUUAAUACUUGAACUUUGUGAGGAGGCAGUGUCUUGUCCAUUUGACGAAGAGGACGAGACAUGGAUGGCUGAUCUCGUACCACUUAUUUACCAGCAGAUGGCACCAACCGUCAAGGACGAGGACCAAUCAGUCUCGGAGAUAUUGCUUUCAGCAGCCACCACAAAAACCAUGAAAUCUCUGCAAAUUUUAAGUUGUCUUUGUACUGAAGAAGAAUUACGUAAUCUUGUCGCUUCUGAUUUUCGUGAGGUUGUUUUAACCCAAGUAAUUGAACACCAGCUUACACACAACCUUACUGGGAUGUCUGGAGCUUUUCUACCUGAAUGGAGUAAUGUUGGUAUUGAUGUUGUUCUGUUUGGUCUUGAACUGGUUCUUAAACUAAAAGCAGUGUUGCCAGGCUUGGAAAAGCUUCUCUAUGAAACAUUACAGGACAACAGAAUAGUCCCAUUUUUAGCAUCAGCAAUUACAAGUAGCAAACGAAACAGAGUUCAAACAGCUUUACAUUUACACCAAGAAGCUUUACCGCUACCAGAUUUUCCUGCUGUGCUUUUAGCGGAAAAAAUCACAACUAUAAACAAACAGAACUCACUAAUGGGUGACAAUGAAGUUUCUACCACUGUACCCCAUACUCACCGCCGAGUAGUAAAAACAUCAACUUCUAUGAGAUCUGUAAAAGCAAUGGAAACUAUUCCAGCAUACACGGAUGACAAGGAAAAUAUCCUGAGUUUGAUUCAGAAAAUACAAAGCAAUGAUGAGUCAAAAUUUGAAACAACUGGAAAGACUUCCGAAAUAAUGGACAUAUAUGAGCAUAAGAUAUCCUCACUUGUGACAAAGGAGAAUCACCUUGAAGAUUUAUUGGAAGCAAAGACCCUUGCACUUGCACAAGCAGAUCGCUUGAUUGCGCAAUAUAAAUUCCAACGUGGGAGGUGUGAAGAAGAUGCUAGGAGGAUGGCUGAGCUACUUAAAGAGUCCGAGGCUCGCUGUGAAGAGAUCGCAAGGCACAUGAGAGAAACUGAGAACGAGCAAACAGCUGUUGAACGAGAGCUUGAAGCAGUGGUGGAAGAUAAUAAGAAUCUACAAAACAUUGCUGAUCAGUACGAGCAGAUGCAAUCAGCUUUCCAAGACAAAUCGCAUAAAGUUGAAGUCCUGGAAAGAAACCUAAAAACUUCUAGACAAGAAUACGACACACUGAAAGAACUGCAUGAUAUGAUGCAAAAACAUAGCGAGAAAGUGAAACAACAACAUAACUCAGCAACUGUUCGUCUUGAAGAAUUAGAAGAGGAAAGAUUACAACUGAUGAAGAGAAUAUCAGAGCUGGAGUCCUCCGUUUCGGACCUCACACAACUUGUAGAAGAACAAGACCGAGAAGUUCAUCAGUUGAGGCAGGAGAAGACGCAAUGUGAGGUUUUAAUCAAGAAGAUGAAGUUGACAAUUGUGAAGAAAGACGAUGAUAUAAAGGAUCUUAAAAUAAAGGUGUCUUCACAAGAACACAGCAAACAACAAGUUGAACACAUUGUGAAAGAGAGAAACACAGAAAUCAAAAAACUCAAUUCCAAACUCGACUCAAUGCAUAAAAAGGUGGCAACACUGGACGCGGAACGAGCAGACGGGGCGAAGGCGCUCACAGAAAAGGACGAAGCGAUUGAAAGUUUGCGACAGAAACUCGACAAGCAAGCUCAGACAUUACUCAUGAUAACUGAACUGUCCAACAAUAUUAGGGGCAGCCAAGCGUGAAUCACGUGAUUCACGCAUCCUCGUUUUGGUAAUAACAUAUUUGCGUCCGUUUUCAAAAUAUUUCGCACUUUCAAUUUGAAAGUCAUCCCGCUAGUGCCACAUAUUAUUCCUGUGAUAUAUUAUAACUUUAUACUCCUUUAAAUUCGUUCAAACUGGUAGUUUUUUCUGCAGUAGCAUCGUACGCGACUGGCUAAGCGUGUAUUAUUUUAACCUUGUCCUAACACGCAACCGAGUAACUAUAUCGCGUAUACAGCGAUUUACAUCAAGUGCCAUAACUUUAAAACACGUAGAUUUCAAUAUCUCUUGGCCCGUACGUUCAUUUAUUCAUUUCGCAUUUUAUAACGCUGUCUUUCCAACCAAAUAAACGCAACGUUACUUAA